AUGAAAAUAGCUCAAUAGGAUUUCGAAUAAGAAAAUUAUUAAAGGACUUAUUUUGAUAAAAACAAAGAUAGUAAUCCAUCUGAGAGUUAUUUUAACUUCCCUUCUUUUUUAAUUACAUUUAAAGAGUUAUUAAUAAAAUCCAUCCCAAGAGUACUUUGUUAUGAACUAAAUCUAAUAACAAUGUCAUUAAUAAACAUUUAUUUAUUAGGCCAAAAAGGCAAUUUACAUGAAAUCGCAGCAUUUGGUUUAGGGGACGCUUACGGAAGAAUAUUUGGUUAUUCAGUAAUAAAACAUUUAAAUAUUACAUUAUAAAAUAAUUGUAAUAUUGCAUAUAGUGCUAAAAACUACGAGUUAGUAGGUAUAUUUUAUUAAAGAGGUUUAUUAUUUACAGGUUUCUUAUGUGUAAUUUUAGCACCUUUACUAUGUUUUUCCUCACAUAUAUUAGGCUAUAUUAAUAUCGAAUAAUAAUUGGCAUAUGAUGCUGGGAAUUAUGUAUGGGUAUGCUUAGGGUCUUUUUUCGCAUCUUCAUAUUAUGAUACUACAAACAAUUAUUUAUAAUCGUAAAAUGUGGUUUAUCCUUAAAUAGGCUUGUAAUUAGCUUAAUCAUUUAUUCAUUAUUUUUUGGCUGAUAAUCUUAUAAAUAAACGUGAUAUGGGUGUUUUGGGGGCCGCUUGGGCUAAAAAUAUGAGUGAUUUUAUUCUUUCAAUGUGCCUUUAUUUCUUUAUAACGUUUAAAUCUCCAACCCCUAAGACAUGGAUUGAAUGGGACAAGACAGCUUUUGAUAAUGUAAUUAGAAAUUUGCAAAGGGCCUUAAAAAAUGGAGCAACUUCUUAUUUAGAAGAAACUGCUUUAUUAAUUUUGACUUUUAUUAGUGUUUACACUGAUUAAAGGGCAAUCACUGUGACCCAUAUUUCCCUUAAUAAUUCUGCGUUAGGACAUAUAAGUUUCUUUUUAGGGUUCUAGUAUAUAAUUUAGAAUUAUAUAGGAAAUUCAAUAAGGAGAGGGCACAUAAAUAAAGCUAAAAGAAGAGCUUUUCAUGCUUUUAUUAGUAUUUUUAUCUUAAUUGUGAUUUUGUUAAUUUGCCUUUAAUAAAAUGCGAAGUCUUGGAGUGCUUUUUUAAAUUCAAAUACGGAAAUCUAAAUGAAUAUGGUUCGUUCGCUUUUCAUUUAUUAAAAAGUACUGCUUUGUGAUGGUAUUUAGAUUACUUUAUGUUCUUUUAUUAAAGCUUUAAAUAAGGCGACUAUUAUUUCCUAUAUUUAUUUGUUUUGUUACUUUGUUGGAACUACUAUUAGUUAUAGUUCGUGGGAAAAUAGUAAGGAGAUGGGAAUUUGGAGUGGAUGGAUUAUUUCCAAUUUGAUGGCCUCGAUUGCGUUUUUGGUGGUUAUUAAAACAACUGACUGGGAAAAAUAACAUAAGCAAAUUAAAUUUAAAAUGCUUCAAGAUAAGAUUUUUGUGGAAGUUGUUAAAAAAUGAAUUAUAUUAAAAACUAAGAGUACUAGAAUUUUCUAUAUUUUAUUUUUUAUCAAAUAUUUCAUUUAUCUAUACUAAUAAAAAAAAAAAUUAAUAAUUUAAA